AUGCCGGCAUUCUUAGACACUUUUGGAAGCGUGAAUGAGGCCGGAGCUCCCUACCUGACGUCCAGUCAACAAUCCAUCAUCACGGCAAUCCGCACCAGCGCUGGAGUUCCUGGUCUAUUCGUCUGCGCAUACUGUGGGACUCGCUGGGGAAGACGCAAUACCUCAUGGCUUGGAUGUGCGGCGACGCUACUUGGGACAGCACUUCAGACGGGUUCAAGCUCGGUUGCGAUGCUCACAGUCGGAUUGACAGUUGCUAACUUUGGCUACUUCGUCAUGGUCUCCAUGGCGGCCACACUCUCUAUCGAAUUGGCUCCAGUACCUCUUCGCGGCCUUGUGGGAUGUCUAUCUGUGGUGGGGACCGGAAUCGCCUCUGUACUUGCAGCUGGAGUUGGCUGGGGUACGCACGCUUAUACCACAUCCGCUGCAUACCGGAUCCCCAUGGGCAUUCAGAUGUUCUGGCCACUUUUGCAAGGAGUCCUUCUGCUGUGGGUGCGUGACUCGCCAACAACCUAUCUCAUCAAAGGAGACGACGCUGGAGCCGAGACCAGUCUCCGCCAAGUUCGCCAUUGCUAUACGGAAGCUGAGAUCCUCGACGAGCUGGACACUCUCAGACAGCAAAGCCGGCUAAGGCUGAACGAAGAGAGUGUCCGAUGGAUCGAGAUGUUUCAAGGAAGCAACCUGCGGCGAACAUUGCUCGCCUCUUUCCUUGGUGUCAUCCAGCAAUUCUCUGGUUCGAUCUUCGCCGCGGCUUACGCUACUGUCUUCCUGGCUGGAUUGCACACAGGUAGUCCGUAUGCACUCACAUUCGGCCUGUACGUCUUGGUCCUUGGUGGCGGUGUAGUUGGACUCGGUCUGGUCACAGUCAUUUCGCAGAGAACCAUCAUGCUACUGUCCUUCGCCGGCCUUUUCGCCAUCGACAUCACUGUUGGAGCAUUGGGUUUCGUCACCCCUCCGACGGCUGGUGUCUCCAAAGGCAUCGCCGCCUUACUUCUCUUCUUUGGCUUUUACUUCUACAUGACCAUGGGCCCGCUGACCUGGCUGAACGCAGCCGAGUUGCCCACAGCCCGUCUCCGGACCGUCACCAACGGCUUCGUUUUGCUUUCGAUUUCCCUGACAAGUCUCCUGGUCACCUACGUGCUGCCAUACAUCACGAAUCCGGAUGAAGGCAACCUUGGAGCUAAGGUCUAUGUCAUUUUCGCGGGAGUCAUGUUCUUCGGCUUGGUAGUCUCGUAUCUGUGGUUUCCAAAUUGCAAAGGCAGGACCCCGGCCCAGCUGGAUCAAAUGUUCCAGGCUCGACUGCCAGCCCGAAAGUUCACAAAAUGGGUCGACGUUGACGAGUUGGACGAAAAAGCCAUGCAGAAAAUGGAAGUAUCUGAGAAGGAGCAUGUCAGCGUAGAGCAGAAUGCAGUCUCGAGCUGA